AUGAAUAACUCUAAACAUUUAAAAGCCGAGUUUUCAACAGACCGCGCGACUUCCACUCGAGUUCCAAGAGAACUGGCAAUAUUUGUCGUCACAUUUGUUGGAAUCAACAUUUUGGUGGCGACAAUCAGUAACGUUAGCUUGUUGAUCGUGCUAAGACGACGACGAGAUCUUCGUAAAGCUCCUCACUAUUUGCUCGGCAACCUGGCUCUGACCGGUCUGUUAGCAGCGCUUUCUAACAUGCCUUUGCUAAUAGGCGUGACAGCUGUCAACUACUUUGAAAUGAAUACCGAAGUGCCGGCAGCAGUUGAGGUAUUUUGUAAAGUUAGUUUUUCUUCAAGUUUUGCAUUUCUUGUGCUCACAGAUCUGACUUUGUUUCUGAUGGCCUUUGAUCGCCAAGACUGCGUCCUCCGCCCUUUAAAUAGACGCAUAACACAAAGCAAGGUGAAGAAAAUCAUUCCACUGACUUGGAUUUUAUCUCUGCUUACUGCUGCCUUCUUCGCCAUUGCGAUAAGAAAUGAAAGCGCUGCAUGCAUUAAGUUUUAUCCUUACAACAACGUCGCCAGACUUCCUAGCGUUCUCCUCGCUGCAAUAGCAGUCGUUGCACAACUCGACACUUUAACUGUCUUGUUCAUACUGGUGACUGCCUUUCGCACCGUAAAACAAUUGCGUUCUGCUGAGGUUAGUCCCUUAAAUUCAGCUCACCAGCGCCAAGAGAAGAAAGUCAUCAGGGACACCUGCAAAAUCUGUACUGUGUUCCUGUUAUUCAGAGUACCGAUUAACGUGUCACUUUGUGGCCAAUAUCGGAGGUUAUCGCGGACCCACAACUAA